UUUCAUAAGCAAAUUGYUCCGUUCUUACCUCUGCCUUCGUCGCUAGAUAUUAGUUGAAGUCUUUUUCCUUCUAACGGGUAAUCAUAUAUCGGUUGACCAACGAAUUCACAGAGUUGCUUUGGCGGGUGGUUGAAUACAACUCGAAGCCUUCUUCACGGAUGACCACCGAUUUCUUGAAAGACAAAAGCUCUGACAUCCCWYACCAAGUGGUCACUUAAAAAUUGUUGCUCCACCUACAGUAAAAGAUAUGACUGACARGCGUCAAUAUUCCAUUGUAUUCAAAAUCACCCUGUUUCUUUGCUCAAGUUUUGUAGUGGAUGUACAACCAGCCUCCGUAACGAAAAUAGGUCAACUAAAUGCUUGUGAUGGCCCAUGUACGGAUUAYGCAAUAGUCGUUACACCAAGGUUCGAGAAGAUCGUCAUGAAAAUAUACAAAAUAAAACGACACAAAGGMAACCCMAUCACCRCACCUUCAGACAUCCAACAAAUCAAAGUUAAUCCUGGAAACAUGCCAGUGAAUAUAAUAAAACUUGCACGCUCGCCCAAGGACUUUGAUUCCAUCCUAUUCAGCUUGGUUAAAGCAGCCAAGAAAGCAAUUCCCCGAAARUACCAUCGUGGAACACCGUUUUUCUUUUUAAGUUCUUUUAUCAUGGAAGAUAUCUACUCUUUUGCUUUUACUAAAGUUAUUAUGAGAGUCAUGGAGUUCGUGAAAGAUGUUAAAAGGUACCCCUUUUUGCCGCCAAGUAAAGAUUCAAUCAAGAAAAUCCUCGGUACCGUGGAAAUGAUGUAUAGGUGGAUAGCAGCCAAUUUUCUGGCUGAACAUCUUUUACCCUCUAAGCACAACAUCGCGUGUGACAUGGCACUUGUUCACGUGAACCUCAACUUGAUUUCUCAAAUUGCCUUCCCAGUUUACCACAUGGACAAGAACGUCACCCAGACUGUGUCAGUUGGUGGGGACACCUACCUACUUGCAGCAGGCUCCUUCACUAAAAAUGGUUUAAGUCGAGGAUUUAGAAUGUAUAUUCAGAGCAUCACAAAGGGUAAACCGCACCUAAAAAAACACCCAAGUGCGACGAGUAAUCCCAAUUUAGACUUUGCCACGACCAUGGAAGUCUUAUCAGGCUCAGAUAUUCCUUCGGAUGUUAAUAAGGACACUAAAUAUAGUAGGAAUAACAUUUCAACUCGACAAAACAUUCACGGUUUACCUAACGCGGCUGGCAACGCUAAAAUAACUACGGCAACAAAUUAUCCAAAUACUGCAAGCCAAAUCAYAAGUCCUUGCUCCCCACCUGGCACACAGCUUCAAGUCAACGACGCUGGCAAAGAAUACACCAUAAUAGGAACAGGAGAUGUGGACAAGUGUCGUAAAGUUAUUCAAAAAGUCAUUUUAGAAGAUUACGAACGAUCGAGUAGAAGCCCCUACAUUAUAAGCCCACGAAGAAGCGUCAAAUUCUACGCUUUAAAAGACAUCGUUCCGGUUUUGGAGACGUUUGGAUGUCAMGAUUGUAGACACAUCUUCACUGUCGCUAAAAUAGACGCAGCUGCGCGAAAAUAUUGCUCUGGCAAAAUUUCCUCUCAUAAUAUCCCUGGUAGGACUACUGGUUGCCUGAAUGUCAACUUCUUUUACACAAUGCUGACAAGAGCCUAUCAUAUUAAACGGGACACACCUAUCAAAGUCUUAAAGGCAUCUAUACAUCACAUCGACGAGGACUGGGCUCUUGGUGCACUGCUGUACAAGAUGAAGUUAUUGAGUUGAUAUAUUGGUAAUAUAACGCAAUUGAAGCAAAAUUUGCAUAUGGAAGAKGAGGACUGGGCUCUAAGAGCAUGUGCAGCUACAGCAAAGUGCUUUGCUAUAUAAGAUGAAGCAAGAUUGGCCUCUGAGAGAGGAGGACUGGGCCUUAGGAGCAUAUUUAGUAAAUAGUCAAUAUGCAGCGAYGCCAUUUUGUACAACAGAGCAUGAUGGGAGCUGUAAUCCUCGCACUUUUUAUGGGCCUCGAAAAUUCUCACUGAAAACCAUUUUUGACAUUUCCGUUCUUUUAUGGACAUGCGCACGGGAAUCAGCUUUACUACUAUCAUAGUUURUUCUACAAUAUUGCGUUGUUACACAUUGCCGAUAUAGCUAUUUAAAAAAAGGUUAUCGGAUAAAAUGGCUGAUGUAAAUGGUUAAAGGACGAUUGCACGACUGAAAGAAGCCAUGCAAACGAAAGGAAACGGUCACUGGUUUAUACUAUAAAAGUACGGUAAUACGAGCAGCAAAAUCGUCCAACUUUUCUAGCAACAUCGCUGCAAAACAAGUGGCAAAGCGAUGUUGCGCGUUUCAMUACUGGCAAACCAAAUUGUCGAACCUUAUACCUUAAGAUAGCCUGCGGUAAACAUUGAGUCCAUAUGGUCUCAACUUCUAUGCAAUAUGAAUCCAAUAAGUGAAAUUUUGUUUAUUAAAACAGUUUAACCAUAGUCCCUUUCCGUCGUGCAAUCUCCCUUCGACAAUCGCCGUUCUCCCCGACAACGUUUUUUAAAAUAAGUAUUUAUUUAACCGGAAUAUGACUCCUGGAUUAUGCUUUACCAAAUAAAUCUCAGUAUACAUUCGCAGACCAAUUCCAUGUCGUCUGAAUCCCUGCAAAUCAUGUCAAAGCAGCCAUGAAAAAUUAAACAGCGCAUCGCAUCAAAACAUUAUAAACAAAAUUGGUUCAACUGGAAAAAAGAAACACGCUGAAGUGUAUAAUCAUUUUCUUUAAUUCACACUUUAAUAAACGAUUAAAAAA